GAUGGCACUAGCAAUGUAGCAUUGCUUGCAAUUCUCUUUCAUUUGCAAGUUGCGCCCUUCAUGAUGGGCUCCCUUCACCUGCUCAUCAGACGCUGGCAGGCCAAAAUCACGGCCUGGGAUGGCUCAGCAAAGGUAUCUAGUGUCAUCCGCCAACACCGGGUAGCCUGGUCUGAGCAAGCAGAUCGCGCCAUCAGCGGAUUUGCGGGCUCAAAUGAAGAAAUUGACGAGCACGGAUGUUUUGAAAAGUCACCAGAUGGACAACCAUCACUCUCAUGGCUUCCAGCUGACACACAGCCCUACACCCAACUUCAAUUGCGUGAAGACUCCCAGCAUUCUAGUAGUGCAUACCACCAGCUACAAACUCCCCUGCACAAGUCCGCCGCAUUUUCUCUGAGUGUCUUCUCACAUAAUCCGGCGCCAUUUUGCACCAUGUCAGAAGCCAACGCCUUUGCCAAUUCAGCCCAGUGGCCAGCGCCAGGUGUCCGUCACUAUGCCCGCAGACGAGGAGCUACUGCUUUCAAGAUGAGCGACUACCUGCCCCCUCCGGAGGCACUACCCACGACCAGAGCCUCCAAACCCAAAGCCCCAGCUCUCCCGAUCCCCCCCCCCUCGUUCUCGGGCGAAAGCACCCCCGAGAUGAUCGAGAAGGCACAGCUCUUUGAGCGGGCAAUGGCGGCGUUUCAGCAGCGGGGGUACCUCGUGCAUCCAGAGAGGCCCGACCGUGCGGAACAGCUGAAGAAGCUAGAGAAGAUCUUUGAGGUCUUCGGGAAGAACGGGUUCUCCGUACUGAGGCUGCAGGCGGCGCUCAAGUGGGAGGUCCGGCACAUGGAGAAGGCGCAAAAACGGGGGGUUGCAGAUUCUGACACAGAGGAACUUGAGCAGUCUGCCGUGCGGGUGAGACUGGAGGAUUCGGAAUCGAGCGAAAGGGCAGGAGAGGAGCAGUCAGAGGGCCCGGUCUUUCAUACGAGGGCCGAGAGGAAGGCGUUGAAGAAGGCGCGGGAAGAAGCGGCUCUUGUACAGAGCAGGUCUAGCGAUCUAGAGUCGCCUCAGACAACAGGGGAGAAGGUUGGGGAGUCCAACCAGGCACCGAAGGCUAGCACUAGCCAAAAACGAGUACCACUAGACAUAGCCGGAGGGGGAGAGUCCACUGUACAGAAUGAGAGUCAAGUUUCAGAGCAAUUAGGCGAACCUGUAGGAGACGAAAGCGGGCAUGCUUCGGCAGCGGAGAGCACCAUCGAAACUAUAGAUGACGCAGCAGGCCAAGAAACGAAGGGGGAAUGGAAACGCACAGUACGGAAGAAGCGGCGCUCUCCAGAGGAACUGCCGCCAGGGAGUCCCUACGCGGGCAGCCUGAAGGGCCUCGUGAAAGGGGUCGGCGAGGGGGGGCCUUUCACGGAGUUUGUGCGGGGGCCCACGCAGCCGGCACACCGGGGGGGCCAGGGGCCGGGCCUGACGCUGCGCCAGAAGCGGCUGUCGGCGCAGAUUCAGAAGGCGCUCGCUGAGGUCAUGAUGGCGGACGGGGAUCUGCGGAGCAGCUUGCUGGAGGAGGGCGGGUUCGCGGUGCUGGAGGUCCGCUUGACCCACGAACUAGACACGGCCUUUGUUCGCUGGACGUGCAACCAGGGGGCCGAGAAGGAGGUCGAGAAGAAGCUGGGGAGGGUGGCGGGGCGGCUGAGAACAGCGCUGUUCAAGGCUCUUGCCAUGCCGUUCUCCCCCAGGCUCGAGUUCAAGUACGAUGAGCUUUCGGAGCAGAUUCAUGCAAUAGAAGACGCCUUUGACAGACUGCAUGAUCUUUGAUCUGAGCCGAUCAACGAUAUCAUACAGAAUUGUUUCGAUCGUCCAUCUGCAUCAAGAGCAGCUCGGAAUGCUUCGCAAGUUACGAACAGCAACGACUUUUAGCCAAGCACAAAUUUGAGUUGCUAAGGAAUCUGGUUGCAGUUGGAGCCGAAGGAUGAUCAUAUACAUGUGGCGCUGCAUGAUCUAGGCGAGUUGCCGCCAUGUGAGG